AUCUGGUUAUGCUUGUACGUUGACAUUACUUACUCAUGGUUUAUAUAUAAUGAGCAUUGCAUGUCCAUAAACAAUUAUAAAAUAAAACCCCUUUUUUAUUCAUGGCUCCAUACAUGAAUCACUUAAAGUUCUUGCAAACCAUCUCCCUUCUAUAUGUGUUGGUGACACUAACAUGCACUGGAUCAUCAACAAGCCAUGAUGAAGAAUGCUCAGCCUUGUUUCAGUUUAAACAAACCAUAAUUCAUCAACAUGAUGCGGCUUGUGCUGCUCAUGGUUCUCAAGUGCUCCAUUCAUGGAACACUAGUUUUGAUUGUUGUUCAUGGGAUGGGGUGGCGUGCAGCAAUGACCAUGAUCAGUACUAUGGUCAUGUGAUCGGCCUUGAUUUGAGUGAGAGCUCUCUUUGUGGGUAUAUCAACUCCAGCAGCACCCUCUUCAACCUUGUUCAUCUUCAGAGACUCAACCUUGCCAUGAAUUACUUUGGUGAAUCUCAAAUCCCUUCUGAGAUUGGUCGUCUAAAGCAAAUAAGAAGUCUCGAUCUCUCUUAUUCUGGGUUUAGUGGUCAAAUCCCAAAUGGAAUCUCGCAGUUGAUGCGAUUGUCUUCUUUAGAUCUGUCAGGGAAUUCACUAAAGCUUUAUAGUCCUAGCCUGAAGAAGCUGGUGCAAAACUUAACAGGACUUGCAGAACUCCAUCUUUCUGGGGUCGAGAUAAGUUCCUCUGUACCUCAUUUCUUGGCAAACUUUUCUUCCUUGAGAUCAAUCAAACUAAGAAGCUGUUCCCUGCAGAAUGAAUUCCCUGCGGCCAUAUUUGAGUUACCUAAGUUGCAAGUUCUUGAUCUGGCGAACAACACCGACCUCACUGGCUCCUUUCCUGAAUUUCAUGGCAACACCUUACUUGAAGAAGUGAUACUACCUCUCACAGGUUUCUUUGGGAUUAUACCAGAAUCCAUAAGCCACCUCAAGCAUUUGACAGUCUUGUCCCUUUAUAAUUGCUCUUUCUCGGGCCACAUUCCACGUUCACUCUCUAACUUGACGCAACUCACUGUCUUGACUCUUGGUGGAAAUAAGUUCACAGGUUCAGUUCCUUCAUUGGUAAGUCUUUUGAAUCUCGAUGUUUUGGCACUUUAUGGUAACAAAUUUGAGAAAGGACCUUUUCCCAAUUGGCUUGGAAAGCUGGGUAAACUUAGUGAACUCUAUGUGUCUGAUAUGAACACAAACAGUACUGAAAUCCCACUCUUUCUUGCCAACCUAACCAACCUUAAUGUGUUAAGUAUGGGGAAAAAUUCUCUUAUUGGCCGUUUACCAUCCUGGUUGUUCAACCAUACCCAACUAAAAGUAUUAGAUCUUCAAAUAAAUCAAUUGCAAGGACCAAUUCCAAACACAUUUUCCAGCUUCAAAAGUCUUGUGUAUCUUAACCUAGGUAGAAACAAUUUCAGUGGUAGGGUAGAACUCGACAUGUUCCUAGGACUCAACAAACUCCAAACACUUGAGUUAGGUUAUAACAAGAUAUCAUUAAUAGUCACCAACAACUACACCAAUACCACCUUACCAGAAUUUGAGUGGUUAGGACUGUCAUCAUGCAACUUGAAGGAAUUUCCUGCCUUUUUGCGCUUCCAAAAUAAAUUGACCGCCUUACUUCUUGACCACAACAACAUUGAUGGCCUGGUACCGGUGUGGAUCUGGAACAACAGCCGGGAAACAUUACAAUUCAUUAGCCUUUCAGGCAACUCCAUCACUGGCUUUGAUCAGCAUCCUCAUUUUCUCCCAUGGACAAAUUUAGAAGGAUUUUUUAUCCGUAAUAAUCAGCUACAAGGACAACUACCAGUUCCACCACAAACCACAGUUGAAUAUUCUGUCUCAAAUAAUAAUCUGACAGGAGAAAUACCACCGUGGAUAUGUGAAUUGAAAUCUCUUCAACUGUUAGAUUUGUCUUUUAACAACAUGAGCGGAACACUUCCUUCAUGUUUGGGCAUCUUAACCAAUUCGUUGAUGUAUUUGCGUCUGAGACGAAACAACUUCCAGGGCAAAAUGAUGAAUUCUCUUACGCCUGGAUGCCAGUUGACACAACUUGAAUUGAGCGAAAAUAGAUUUACGGGUCAGCUGCCAAGAUCAUUGACAAAUUGUAGGAAUUUAGAGAUUCUCUCUCUUGAAGAUAACUCUUUUCAUGACGCCUUUCCUUCUUGGCUUGGAAGUCUUGCGGAGCUACAAGUUCUAGUCUUGCGGUCCAACAAUUUUUAUGGUCCAAUUCAAGGUUCCUCACAGUUUCCUAAGUUGCGGAUCAUAGACCUCUCUAACAACAGUUUCAGUGGUCACUUGGACCAAAACUACUUCCAAACAUGGCAUGUCAUGAGCUCCGAAAAUCUUGGUAUAUCAUCUGCUAUGAAAUCAAUUAUAUCCUCCAAAAGCGUCUUCACAAAUGUGCAAUACGAGGUGACCUUAAUACACAAAGGUGUCAAAACAGAGUACAAUCGUAUUUUAACCGUAGUCAUGUCCAUUGAUCUAUCCUGUAACCAAUUUGAAGGAGAAAUCCCAGCAUCACUCCAAGAUCUUCAAGGCCUUCAAUCACUCAAUCUUUCCAACAAUCAUUUUACUGGAAGUAUCUUGCCAUCUUUAGGGAACCUAACAAAUCUUGAAGCUUUGGAUCUCUCUCGAAACGAACUAUCUGGGGAAAUUCCUCAACAGUUGGUGCAACUCGGAUUCCUUUCCAUCUUCAAUGUGUCAUUCAACCAUCUUCAGGGGCGUAUCCCACAAGGAAAACAGUUUGAUACAUUCGAUAAGAGCUCUUACAUAGGGAAUCCCCAACUGUACGGACGAACUUUAUCCAAGGAAGGUCAAGAUUUAAAGGUGCCAAGAGUUCCACCAGCAAGCAAUGUGUCUGAGUCUUUCUUCCCGAGUGAAAGAAUUGAUUGGAUCUUUGUAUUCUGUGGAAUUGGAAGUGGGUUGGUUGUUGGGGUUGUUAUUGGAAACUUUCUAUAUGAAAGGUAUAGUUAUCGGUUCACAAAGAGGAAGGACAGAUGGGUAAGGCCACUUCGUAACACAAGGAGAAACUAAGGAGGCGUCAUAGCUUAAAGUUCGAAGGGUAUGGAGAAGUUGUUGAAGACCUUCAAGGGAUUUCAGUUUGUUUUACCAUGUAUAGUAAGUGUAUAUUACGUUUAAGUUUGUGGUUGUCUGAAUUACAUUUCUUGGAGUAGACUUUCACUAUAAGAUUUUGAUGUAUCAUACAGUUCCAUUGUUUAAGUUUAUCGUUGAUGUAUGAUGGCAUGAUCAUAGACUCUUAUGUAAGCUAUUGAUAAGUAUUUACAACCUCAACCUCAACCUCAACCUUAGAUUUGGGGUUGUGAUAGUAUGAAAUUCAUGUAUAUUAUAUAUUUUCAAGUGAAAUUCAUGUA